AUGACGGGCUUCAUCGUGUUAUUGGGACAAGCAAUGCAAGUUCCAUUGAUUAGACUAACACCCACAAAUCCAUUACUAGGAAUGGCUUCCAUUGUAUUUAUUUCCUUGGCCCUAAGUGACUUGAUUCCAUUAUUGGCCGAAAAUUGGUCUUAUUUUGAGAACUUGGUUCCUAUCAGAUUGCUGGGAUAUUUCUGUUUAGCAGCAUAUAUUUAUUUUGUCCCUACAAGUAUAGUUAGCAACAGCUUGGUGAUAACAUACGUAUUGUUCGAGAUAUGGGGUAAUUUCUUAAUCUAUAAUAAUUUGAGAGAUGAAAAGUAUUACCGUAUGAAGAAAUUUGUGGAAGAAAAUAGCGAGGCCAUUAGAACAGCACACGACGAGCAAGUCAGGGUAGUUGAACUAGAUGAACAGUGA